UGGGCGGCAGUGUGCCCGGCGCUCGGCUUCUGAGCUUCCGUAGGGCUUCUGGCCGGUAGGCGAGGAAUGGAGCCGGUGGGCGGCGGCGGCUCCUCCUCCACCGACCCGCGAAGUACCUUCGUGCUGAGUAACCUCGCGGAGGUGGUGGAGCGUGUGUUCACCUUCCUGCCCGCCAAGGCGCUGCUGCGGGUAGCCGGAGUGUGCCGCCUAUGGAGGGAGUGUGUUCGCAGAGUGCUGCGGACCCACCGCAGCGUGACCUGGAUCUCCGCAGGAGUGGCGGAGGCCGGCCACCUGGAAGGACAUUGCUUGGUCCGCGUGGUAGCAGAGGCGCUUGAGAAUGUUCGCAUCUUACCACGGACCGUCCUCUACAUGGCAGAUUCUGAAACUUUCAUUAGCCUGGAGGAGUGCCGUGGCCAUAAAAGAGCGAGGAAAAGAACUACCAUGGAGACAGCGUUUGCCCUCGAGAAGCUGUUUCCCAAACAGUGUCAGAUCCUUGGGAUUGUGACCCCGGGAAUUAUAGUGACGCCAAUGGGAUCAGGUAACAACCGACCUCAGGAAAUAGAAAUUGGAGAAUCUGGUUUUGCUUUAUUAUUUCCUCAAAUUGAAGGGAUAAAAAUUCGGCCCUUUCAUUUUAUUAAGGACCCCAAGAAUUUAACACUCGAACGACAUCAGCUUGCUGAAGUGGGUCUUCUGGAUAACCCUGAGCUUCGCGUGGUCCUUGUCUUUGGCUAUAACUGCUGUAAGGUGGGAGCCAAUAAUUACCUGCAGCGAGUGGUCAGCACUUUCAGCAAUAUGAACAUCAUCCUGGCUGGAGGCCAGGUGGACAACUUGUCUUCACUGACUUCUGAGAAGAAGCCUCUGGAUAUUGAUGCCACAGGUGUGGUUGGACUGUCGUUUAGUGGACAGCGAAUCCAGAGCGCCACGGUUCUCCUCAGUGAGGAUGUGACUGAUGACAAGACGGCUGAGGCAGCCAUGCAGCGUCUCAAAGCCGCCAACAUCCCCGAAGAGAACACCAUCGGCUUCAUGUUCGCUUGCGUGGGCCGGGGCUUUCAGUACUACAGAGCCAAGGGGAACGUGGAAGCCGACGCCUUUAGGAAGUUUUUUCCCAGCGUCCCCUUAUUCGGUUUCUUCGGAAAUGGGGAGAUUGGAUGUGACCGGAUAGUCACCGGGAACUUCAUACUGAGGAGGUGUAAUGAGGUAAAGGAAGAGGACCUGUUCCAUAGCUACACGACCAUCAUGGCGCUCAUUCACCUGGGGGCCUCUAAAUAGGAUGUCUUGUGGAGACUGGCUCUCACAGGAUGUAACUUUGGGGGGUUGCCUUUUUCAGAAAAAUGGAAACUUGGGAUAUAAGUAUUUUAAAACCAAACUAGCUCCUUGUGCUUUGAAGCUUUGGUGCUCUGAGAUCAUGUUGAGUGAGUUUUAAUACAUAGAUGAAGGACAGCUUUGUUCACAGAUCAGAAAGUGGGAGGAGGCCACCAGGAGGAUCAGUAACCUGUAGUUACUGAUGAACAUGUAGCAGAAUCAUGACUUUAUUUUCCCUUAAAGGCGAAAAUUAAAGAGAUGGUGGAGUCUUUUUUCCUGCUUUUCAGUUUUCUCAGGAGCUGUAACAAAUUUACUGACUUUUUACUUUUCUGAUGAAGAACUACCUUUGUUUUCGUACUAUAUAAAGUUGUUCUCGUAGGUAAGUUAGCAUUUUCCUCUUCACGGUAAAGAGACUGUAAGGGAACAAUCUUUUUCACAUAGUCCUGAAAAUUAUAUCACCAUAUUUUGGUUUUAUACCAAUAAAAUACACUUGAAAACCCACCAACUAGUAUAUUCGCUGCUUUUGAUGAGACAUGACGGUUGUCAGCUAUUCCGCUGAGAGCCUGGAGUGGAGAGAGAAGUGAGGAAACGCUGGUUUCCCCUGAGCAUUGGCACUUACAGAGCACGUGAUGGGACUGUGUCCUUAAUAGCGCAUGACCUUGGAUUGUCCCUUUCUCCUUACUGCUUGGAAUAUGGGUAGGUCAUGAGUCACCUUGGACACUACAGAGAAGUCAGUACUCCAUUGCAGCGAGGACCACAGGGAUCCUGGGUGUCUUCUCCUGUAUUCCCGUAAUGGACUUGUGCUGCCUGUUCCUAGACUUGUACAGGGUGGACGUUAACAUGGAUUGCACCAGGUCGUUGUUGGAGGAUAUGCUUACAAGGUGACAUUUCUGUACUGGUCAGUGGUUUCUACUAAAAGGACACUAGAUAAUUGGUAGGGAAAAUCAAAUACAAGUAUUAAAAGAAAUAAUUGCAGUUUGUCAAAAAACAAACAUGCCUAGAAGUGGCAACUGCUGCAGAUAUAUAUAAAGCUGCAAAAGUAAUCAGAUUUAACCAACGCCGAAUGAGCACGGCAGUGAAGGUGUGUCCACAUACUGAGCUGCCUCUCAGUAGAGACUCAGGAGAUCGCCAGCAGCAAGGCUUUGAAAUCACCGACUUCUCUACACCGCCAAGUGAAAAUGCAGUGGGGACUCUAGUUUGUUCAGGAGGGCUGCCUCCAGGAAUACAUUUCCAUCCCUUUGGUCCAAGAGAAAGGGAGUGGAACCUUAGCAUGGAGUGCAGAAACGGUUCAGCAGGCAGAAUGCUCCUGUGAAGGGUAUGAGGGGCGUGUCCAGUAGGAGUCUUCUUACCUUAGUUUUCCCAGUUUUGUUUAAAAUUGAUUUACGAGGCCAGUAGCAAAAGACAAGUGGUUUGUGCUGCAAAUCUAACAAAAUGAACAUGCAAAGAAUUUCAGUAAAAAUAAACUUAGAAAUCGGAGUGCUUUCUAGACACUUGAAAUUUUUCAAUAGAAAAAAAAUGCUUUUUUUCAUUUUAUAACCACAAAGUCUGGCUCAAAUUAACCUCACUGUAAUUUCAGUUUCGAUGGAAGCAGAAGACUCCCAAACCCAUGAAAAUAAAGGUAAUUUCC